AAGAACAAGGAAGGAAGGAAGGAAGAAGGGUUUGAACAACAAUGGCGUCAUCUCCGACUGCUUCUUCCAACUCCUCUACGUAUUCUUCUCCUUUCUUAUCAUCAUCAUCAUCUAACUUCGAUCACCUCCCUAUUACGGCAUCACGAGAUAGAAUCGUCCGGAAAAUUAUUGAUAAUCGCGUCACUCUCAUUUACGGAGAAACUGGUUGCGGGAAGAGUUCCCAAAUUCCACAGUUUCUCCUCGAUGAGGGGAUAGAGCCUGUAUUAUGUACACAACCUAGGAGGUUUGCUGUUGUGGCAGUCGCGAGAAUGGUGGCAAAAGCUCGUGAUUGUGAAGUUGGGGGUGAGGUUGGUUACCAUAUAGGUCACUCAAAAGUAUGUUCAGAAAGUUCGAAGAUUGUCUUCAAAACUGCUGGAGUUCUACUGGAUGAAAUGCGGGAUAAGGGUUCGAAAGCCCUCAACUACAAGGUCAUCAUUCUUGAUGAAGUGCAUGAGAGAUCUGUAGAAUCUGAUCUUGUUCUUGUUUGUAUAAAGCAGUUUUUGCUGAAAAACAAAGAUCUGAGGGUGGUAUUAAUGUCUGCUACAGCUGAUUUUAAAAGAUACAUAGAUUAUUUCAAGGAUCUUGGUAGGGGCGAAAGGGUGGAAGUCCUUGCUAUUUCUAGCCUUGGCCAACAUACAAUUUAUCAUCGCAAAGUUUCAUACCUGGAGCAGAUAGCUCAAGUUCUUGGAAGGAGUUCAGAAUCUUUACCUCGGCUUUCCCUGGAUGAUGCUAAAAUGAAGCCUGAUACCCACAACCUUAUCCAUGAUCUUGUGUUGCACAUUCACAAAAAUGAACGUGACUUUACAAAAAGCAUUUUGGUUUUUCUUCCGUCAUAUCAUUGUCUUGAGCAACAAUGGGUUCUUCUGAAGCCUUUUGCAUCAUCUUUCAGAGUUCACAUAUUACAUAGCAGCAUAAACAUCAACCAGGCUCUCAUGGCUAUGAAAAUCUCAAAGUCACACAGAAAAGUAAUAUUGGCAACUAAUAUUGCUGAAUCUUCAGUUACAAUUCCUGAAGUAGCAUUUGUAAUUGAUUCGUGUCGGUCUCUGCAAGUUUUCUGGGAUACAAAUAAGAAGGCCGAUUCAUCAAAGCUUGUCUGGAUUUCUAGAUCUCAGGCUGAGCAGCGUAAGGGGAGAACCGGACGGACUUGUGAUGGCCAGAUUUAUAGACUGAUCACAACAUCAUUCUUUAAUAAGCUACAAGAGCAUGAGUGCCCAGCAAUACUGAAGUUGUCAUUGAGGCAACACGUGCUCCUAAUUUGCUGUGCUGAAUCAAAAGCCAUAAAUGAUCCACACUUUUUGUUGCAGAAGGCAUUAGAUCCUCCUCAUCCAGAUGUUGUCAAAGACGCUUUAAAUUUGCUCGUUCACAUCUCUGCCUUGGAGAAGAUGUCUUCCAGGGGACAGUACAAGCCUACAUUCUAUGGAAGAUUGGUUGCUAGUUUCUCAUUAUCCUUUGAUGCUUCAGUGCUUAUACUCAUGUUUGGCAACAUUGGAAUGCUACGUGAAGGCAUUCUACUUGGUUCAUUAAUGGAUAUGCAGGCUCCACCAAUUCUUUGCCCUUUCGGUCAAGAAAACUUGUUUGCAUCGUACCUUGAUUCUUACUACAGUGGUGAAAAUAAGAAUCCUGCCCUUGGUAGUCGAAAGGAGGUCGGUCUGAUGGCUAACUUAUGUGCGUUUCAGUUCUGGGAACGUUCUUUUAAGGAUAAGCUCCGUCUUCAACAACUGAAACAGUUUUUGAAGUUUGAUGGGAUUAAAGCUGAAAAGGCAUUGGUCCCUCGUAGCGAUGAAGUGGAAUGGUGUUCAUUCCACAAUCUCGCUCAACCAUCACUUCACCAAGUGGCAGAAAUAUAUGAAGAUGUAUUACAUACAAUUCAUAAAUACAGACCAAAAUUUAUCAGUUCGGCACAUCGGUCUUCACAUUAUUAUCCUUGUGAGUCUCCACAUGUAUGUUCCCUCACAUCCCGAAAAACUGGAGAUGAAAAUACAUCUACCUGGGAUGAGGAAAAUAAUGAGUCCCAGCAUUGUGUCUCUGUACCGUUUGUUCCUUCCAAUCACUUCCGAACUUUUGAAGUGGCUGGAAAUUUGGCGGUCGUAGUAAAAGAGAUGAGAAGUCAACGGGCAUAUGAUAUAUCUUGUAAUGGGAACAAUCAUGGAAAUUAUCAGAUUUCUGAGGUCCCUGGUCAAGCUUCACUAUGUAGAUACUUUGCCAAAGGCGGAUGCUCAAGGGGAGAUGUUUGCCCAUUUUCUCAUUCAUUUAAUGCACAGAGACCAACUUGCAUGUUUUUUCUCUCCUUACAGGGUUGUAGAGAAGGAGAAGGAUGUUUCUUUGCUCAUCAAUUGAGUCUUCCGGCUCCAUCAUCUCAUAAUAGUACAGUAACUACAGUUUCAUGCUUACCAGAAGAAGGGACUACUUAUCCCCAAUUACUCCUCAGAUUCUUUCCUUUGUCAAAAGGAUGCAUUCUCAUACUGGACGACAAAGAUUUUCGUUUCUCCACAUGCCUCUCUCGUUUCUAUGAUACAUCCAAGAUGGUAAUAACUACCUCUCUAUCAAAUAAUUCUACGCCGGAACCAUCUCUCUCAAGUGCAAGAAUUCUUUGGGACCUGUCUCACCCAGAAGAGACAAUUAUCUCGAAAGAUAAUAUAAUCCCAUGGAAUGAAGUAAAAUGCAUUCUAUGGUUUCCCAACUUUGAGAAUUGCAGGGAAGACAAGGAAGGACGUAAAAUUAUAGUGCAAACUGUAUUUCAGUAUCUUGGUGCCUUGAUGCUCAGAGAUGACUCAUUUGAAAUGCUAUUGAUCUUGACCAUGAAUAACAUCAGAUUUUCUCAUUUACAGGUGGAGAAGAUAGGAAGAGAUUGCUUCUUUACCCUAAAAGAGUCAUUCCCUUUCGAUGAAUCGAGUUUUGGGAAAUUAGCUGAUGAGAGGAGCAGCAAAAGGUCUUUGAUGCCAUCUGUGCCUAUCACAUAUGUCUUUCAGCUGCAACUACCAACCUUAACCCAACCCUAAUAGUGAUUGUAUAUGCUUAAAAAGUCAUUGUAGUUUCUUUCUGUAAGUGGCUGACUCUUAAGUCUUUAGUAGUAAAUAGUAGUAGGGUGGGUAGAUGGUCGACGUUUUCAUGAAUCAACAUUGUGU